CAGGACGCAGAGAGACAGGGCGGAGAGACAGCUGCGGGCUGCCCGCGGCCCCCACCCGCCCCGGCUCGGCUUAGCCCCCGCGGACCCCUCCAGGCCGCGCCCCCCGGGCGUCCUGUGCCACCACGCCCUCCAUCUGCGUCCCGCGGCGACGCGCCAGCGCCAGGGUCCUCUGCCGGGCCCGCCCCUGGCCGUGACUCAGUUUCCCCGGAAGGCCCCACAGAAGCCUGGCUUUCCCCUCCCUCCGCCCGUCCCCGCGCCUGGCCCCAGCCUGGGCGCCCGCAGAUCUGCCUGCUCAGCUCCGGACGGCGCCGGGACCCCCUGCGCGCAGGACCCAGCCAGGUGGGGGCCCCGCAGAGCAAGGGAGUCUCCGCAGGUGUGGUGUGCCUGAACCAGUGCCAGCUAGCCCCGUCUGCAGCCUCGGCCUGAUGGCGUGGUGACUGAUCCCGCAGGGCUCCGGAGCCAUGUGGCCCAACGGCAGUUCCCUGGGGCCGUGUUUCCGGCCCACAAACAUCACCCUGGAGGAGCGGCAGCUGAUCGCCUCGCCCUGGUUUGCCGCCUCCUUCUGCGUGGUGGGCCUGACCUCCAACCUGCUGGCCCUGAGUGUGCUGGCGGGCGCGCGGCAGGGGGGCUCACACCCGCGCUCCUCCUUCCUCACCUUCCUCUGCGGCCUCGUCCUCACCGACUUCCUGGGGCUGCUGGUGACCGGCAUCAUCGUGGUGUCGCAGCACGCCGCCCUCCUGGAGUGGCACACCCUGGACCCCAGCUGCCGUCUCUGCGGCUUCAUGGGCGUCGUCAUGGUCUUCUUCGGCCUGUGCCCGCUGCUGCUGGGGGCCACCAUGGCCUCGGAGCGCUACCUGGGCAUCACCCGGCCCUUCUCGCGCCCGGCGGUCACCUCGCAGCGCCGCGCCUGGGCCACCGUGGGGCUGGUGUGGGCGGCCGCGCUGGUACUGGGCCUGCUGCCCCUGCUGGGCGUGGGCCGCUACACCGUGCAGUACCCGGGCUCCUGGUGCUUCCUAACGCUGGGCGCCGAGCCCGGGGACGUGGUGUUCGGGCUGCUCUUCGCCAUGCUGGGCGGCCUCUCGGUCGGACUGUCCUUCGUGUUGAACACGGUCAGCGUGGCCACCCUGUGCCAUGUCUACCACGGGCAGGAGGCGGCCCAGCAGCGCCCCCGGGACAGCGAGGUGGAGAUGAUGGCCCAGCUCCUGGGGAUCAUGGUGGUGGCCAGCGUGUGUUGGCUGCCCCUGCUGGUCUUCAUUGCCCAGACGGUGCUGCGGAGCCCGCCUGCCAUGAGCCCUGCGGGGCAGCUGUCCCGCGCCACGGAGCAGGAGCUGCUCAUCUACCUGCGAGUGGCCACGUGGAACCAGAUCCUGGACCCCUGGGUGUACAUCCUGUUCCGCCGCGCCGUCAUCCGGCGCCUGCAGCCUCGCCUCAGCACCCGGCCCAGGUCGCUAUCCCUCCAGCCCCAGCUGACGCAGGGCUCCCGGCUGCAGUAGGAACGGGAAGGAGCGCCCCUCCCGCGCAUCCCCGAGGAGCCCUGGGUCCCCUCCGACGGCCCAUCUGCCUGUUCUGAGGGUCUCAAAGCUGGGGGUGCUGGAUGGACAGUGGGCAGCAGCAGCAGGGUUCGGGGCUGACCCCAAUCCAAACCAGGGACCCGCAACCCCUCCCCGAUCCUUUUACCAAGAUCUCUCCCUCCCUCGUCCCCCUUUUCCCACCCAGAGCUCCCACCCCUCCUCUGCUCUCCUCCCAACCCCAGGAAGGGCAUGGGGACAUUGGCAGAGGGUCUUGCCUUGCUGUUUUUUUGUGAGACAGAGUCUUGGUCUGUC